AUGACGACCAAAUUGCAAAGCCAUCUCUCUCCGGGUACAUGUCCGGGAGCCAAAUCCCCUUACAUAUUCCUCAGUCAAUCUCUCCUGUUUCAGAAUCCAGAUGAAUAUGAUUGGUGGCACCGUGCUGCACCCGUUCUGGCGCAGAUGCUAUCGAAUGCCGACUACAAUGUCGACAAACAGUACCAAUACCUGACGUUUCUCGCUCAUCAUGUCAUCCCUGCUCUGGGCCCUUCCCCGGAAAGCCCCAGAUACAAUCUCUACCGUGGCGUAUUUGACCUUGAAUUCAGCCAGAACUUUCAGCAAUCGGGAUGCAUAAUCCGACUCGCCUUCAUACCAGCCAGCUAUCUCGCCAGCGUGCCGGGUAAGGACCCCUUCAAUCGGCUUUCAGCACCAGAACUGCUCGCCAAAUUCGCCAAGGUGGAUGGUAUCGAGAUGGAUCUUCGUCUCUACCAACAGCUGGCUGGCGAUCUGGCCUUGACCAAACAGGAAGAGGGCAGAUUGUCCAGAAAGAGCCCGCUCCCUCCGAUUUUCAACACUCAAACCGGCAUCGCCCUGGAUUUGCGUAAGGAGGGUAAAAUGACCGUCAAACUCUACACCUUCCUUAUGGGGAAAUCCAUGGCGACCGCUACCCCAGUUUCGACGCUGGCUUUGGAUGCGAUCAAAAAGAUAGACCGGGGCACCAACCUCUUCCAGGCCGGCUUGCAGCCCAUCGAGGCUUUUCUGGAUGCGAGCGAGGGCACCCCAGAUCAAAUGGCGUUCGCGUGCCCCACCUCACUCAAUCCCCGCGGAAUGAUUCAAGUCGGAACAGAUCUGGUGGAUAUUUCUCGCACACGCUUCAAGCUCUACCUCCACGAGUGCAUGCUGAAUGUAGAUCGAUUGGCUGAGCUGUGGACGCUGGGCGGCCGCCUUCGUGAGCGCGAGUGUCCUGGCAUCGAGAGGGGGCUAGAGGUUCUGCGCCAGCUCUGGGACAUCCUCCAAAUCCACGAGGGCUAUCAUUUCCCCAUCGCCUAUGCGACAAACGCGGCCGAUUCCAGUAUUACUGAGCAAAAUGGCAACAUACCCACCGCUGCAGGACAACCUAAGUUCCUCAUUCUGAAUUAUGAAAUCCAUCCGAGUGACCCCUGCCCAGUCCCGAAGGUUUAUUUCCCGUUGUUUGGAAUGACGGAGAAUACAGUCAUUGAUGCGAUGGUGGCCUUUUUUGAGCGGAUCGGAUGGACCGACCAUGCAAGUAUAUCGGCUGACAUGGAUUCCUUACUUAGUCCUGCACUCGACCUGGAUCAGGCUACCGAUGUGCAAUUCUGGCUCUCGUUCUCUUACUCGGCAAAGACUGGGCCAUAUACCACUGUGUAUUACCGAGGUCUCUGA